CGGUCCUGCCAUGUCAUCCAGCACACCAGAAACGAUGAACGGCUAUAAUUCCACCUCCUGUGAACCAAAUCACAGAGCGGCCAACACGUUCUUCAUCAUCAUCUACAGCCUCAUGUUUCUGGUGGGUCUGGUCUUGAACGGCUUCACGUUGAGGGUUUACUUCUGUGUGGCUCAGCAUCAGGCAUCCAGCAGCGUCACCAUCUACCUGAAGAACCUGGCAGCCUCCGACUUCCUGAUCAGCCUCUGCCUCCCGCUGCGCAUCAUGAACUUCGCCACCAACUCCAGCGUCAUCCGACAGGUCUACUGCAACUUCGGCGCCUCGGCCUUUUAUCUCAACAUGUACGCCAGCAUCCUGUUCAUGGGCUACAUUGCUGCCAACAGGUUCAUGAAGAUCGUCCAUCCUUUAGGAAAUCACUUCUUCCAGACGACUCGAGCUGCUUACAUCACCUCCGUACUGACCUGGGGCUUCCUGCUGGCGAUGACCAGCACCUAUGUGGUCCUCUCCCUCCUCACCCAGGAAUUAGAACAAAAGUUAAAGCAGGGCAGUCCCUCCGGGUUCGUGAGCUGUGACGACCUGCACAGCCCGCAGCUGAGCCUGCUCUACAAAAUCAUCCACAGCUGCUCCGCCAUCAUCUUCCUGGCCGUCCUCGUCUCCCUCGUCUUCUUCUACUACAGCACCUCCCGCAAGCUGUCGCUGGCACAGAGGAGUCAGGCCACCUCCAGCAACUCCAAGAAGCUGGCCAAGUCGCGGCGGAACAUGCUGGUGCUGGUGACGGUCUUCUGCGUCUGCUUCGUCCCCUACCACCUCAUCCGCCUCCCCUACGCCUUCAAGAAAAGUCUCUUCUGCAACUGGAGCUGGUUCUUCUACCUGAAGGAGCUGUCGGUCCUGGUGUCCGUCCUGAACGUCUGCUUGGACCCGCUCAUCUACUUCAUCUUCUGCAAGGCGUUCCGGGCUCAGAUGAGCGUGAGGCGGGCGUCCAGAGACGCCCCGAGUCCGACGCAGGCGGACGUCUCCGAGCGGAGGAGCAGCAGCGGGUGGCUGAGGAACAUGAGGAAGAUGUCGGUCAUCUCUCUGACCAAGCAGUCCAGCGUGCUGUAGACGCCGAACUCCUCUGUUAGGACACCAAUCCAGACAGGAAGCUGAGGAAACAGCAGGAGACUUGUUAGACGGUCUCUGUUGGACCAAAUCAGCAGAACGUAACGGCAGUCCUUCUGCUUUACACUUAUUAUCAGUUCAUCCAGAACUUUUAUGUCCUCAUCUGAGCAGGACGGACUCAAAGGACAGGAUGUCCUCACCAUCCGGUCCAUAAGCACCAGGGUUUCUGAGAAGAUGUCUCCUCCAGACCAUCUGUGUCCUCGCCCACCGUGGGGACGACCUACAGCCUUCCACAGUUUGGCUCAUGUUUAGGUUGCUGUGCGUAGGAAUAUUUUAGUUUUGUGAAACUCUUUCAGGUCCAGAAGCUUUUCCCCAGCA